CAGAUCAAUAAAAAACAUAGAUAGGCCCUGUCAGAUGUAAACAGAGGCAAAAAUGAGGAAAAGAUCUCUAUGUUUAUAUACCCCCCCCCUUCUGUUUAUAAACAUUAACCUAACCUUCGGUGUUUCUGUGAUUUUCAAGAUAUUUGCGCUAGUGCAUCAGAGCUAGUAUUCGUAAUUCAUUUUUAUUUGCAUUGUCGUUAUAUUGAAGUUCAUUUACUUCAGAAAAAUGCCGAAAUAUUGUGUUAUUUGCAAGACAUGUGAAGAACAUGAUUGUUUACAAACAGUAACAUUCCAGAGAUCUUCUUCUUCUAAUACAAUAACGGCAUCAGAGACUGAAAAGGCUAUGAUGGAUAUCAGUGCUGACUCUCCUUUUGAAAGAUCUUCUUCUUCUAAUACAAUAACGGCAUCAGAGACUGAAAAGGCUAUGAUGGAUGUCAGUGCUGACUCUCCUUCAGAAAGCUCAAAUCAAUAGGAAACAUUCUUUGAAGACUUCGACUUGGACACACUGAGGUAAUUCACGAAUAUUUGUGGAGAUGAACACCAAAUGUGAGCAGUGUAAUGUAAUUCUAAGUGUUACAUUUUCUCAUAGACCGUGAAAAAUAUAUCUACAGUUUUUCGAAAUAUAUAUAACUCGCCACAGGACCUUAAGUUCUUAUUAGAAAUUAUGUGAUUUCUUAAUUUUAAGAAAAUAUCUGAAGGACAUUAAUUAAUAUCAAGAGAGCUGAAACUCUACAAUUCCAAUUAUGUAUAAUAUAUUACUUAUUUCUUGAAAAAAUUCCUAUUGAUCUCAGUUUAUAAACAAGUUAUAUUUAUUUCGUUUCCGUACCCUUAAAAAUGCACGACUCUGCCUUUUGUUUAUAUUGAACUGUCAAAUUUCAAAACAUAAACAAACAUUGUUUUGUAUAUCUGAUCCUCAAAUUCAUUCCAUUGACAUCGCGCUUGGGGCCUAUCUAUGUUUUUUAUUGAUCUGAGAUCAAUAC